UUUAAACACAUGUGAACAGUGUGUAUGCUAUAAUUUCAAUGUAGCCAAAAACUCACCACUUCGCGCAGAGACCAUUGUGAGGUUUUGUGUUUGUGUGUGUGUAUAUAUAUAAUAUACAAAAUAUACAAUCCAGCCAAAGAUGCGUUUUGGAAGCGCCUGCCACGCGGAUGUAUUGAAACAAUGGAAAUGAGAAGUUAGCAUACUAGCAAGUAUUGUCUGUUACAUCUAAACCUUUGAUUUUAAUAAGAGUUUUAUUUGCGUAUAUCUGACUGUUUAAUCCACUAGACUCAAAUAUGCUACACUAGUGCAUUCGUUUAAGUUGUUUUUUGUUGUAGUUGGUAUAUAAAAUUUGAGCAACACUACGACUGCAAAUCUCGGAAUAUAAAAAGAUAGAGAAUUGACUUCACCCGGAAUUCAUUUAAAUGGCGUCUCUGAAGAUUAUUCCGAUCAGUUUUGUGAUAUCCAGUGUAAUUUAGAUGAAUGGCCUUGAGUCUUUCCUCAUGUUCGCGCAGCGCCCCCCUGCGCGCACACGCACCAAGAACAGCUGCGCUUUCCUGACCUUAAGAGCAUAUGGACUCUCCUCGAAUGACUUUGGCAAAUUAUUGGGUGCAAAUCUCAAGAUCCUUAGAAAUAUUAUUCUCCAGGAUGACACAGAAUUCAUAAAGGUUUGGAGCAAGACCUCCAAGUCUCUCAUCUCUUAUGAAAGUGGGCGGAUAUACUUUGAUAAUUACAGGUGUUGUUAUAGCAGCCUCCUGCCACAGCCAGAACGACUGUAUGAGCUCCCCAAAGCUCCCAAAACGGAGAAGAUUGAAGAUUCAUUAUUGUGCCAGUGUCCUCUAGACAGUGUUUUACCAAAUGCUUCAGACCAGAAACCAUGUCUGUUGGCUCUUACAGCUAAUAGCUGGUUAUAUCGGCUCUCAGCAGACACAGGACAGACACUGCAGCGGGUCUACCUCUCCUCUCAUUUUAAAUUCAGGUCUUUGGGUUGGGACUCUUCCCCAGAGACAUUUUAUGUCAAAUCCAUUCAGAGCAAACAGACAACUCUAGAACGACAGGCUGGUGUUGACAAUAACAUCCUCAUGCGCUUGGCCAUAUUUCAAGUAUAUCCUCUGGAGCUUGUAGGAAUGCUGGAGAUAAAUAAAAGAGUCUUUGGUAAGACUGUUGUGGAUGUGCUGCUGUCACAGGGAGUGUUAGCUGUGUCACACAGCUCAAAACAUGUCAAGCUUUACAGUUUAGAGUACAUUCUUAAAAAGUUCAGGAUUGAGAAGUUGGCUCUGGGACAGCAUUGUGAUCUGAAUGGGUCGAGAGGAAUUGUGGGAGAAGCUCCAUAUGGGAUUCCGGUCAACAUUCACAUUCAUGAGUGUCCUCCAGUUCUGUUUGAGAUGUCGUACUUUGAGGACGGGGUUCAGAUCGGAGGUCAUCCCUGGCACUACAUCUACACUCCCAACCACAAGCGACACAGAGGAACACAUCACAUCUGCGCUAUGACUGAUGGAGCUGUGGCUAAGAACGGUGUUCAGGACAUGAAGUGUGACUCUCUGGAAGCAGACUGGAUCUUUUUCCACCCAGAUGAUUCAGGCAGGAUUAUUCAUGCUGGACCCAGCACAAUAAAUGUUCUGAAGAUCAUGGCUGAGGCAAGUUGUGACUGGAAGUAUGAGAUUGUCACCGAAUUCUCCAUCACUGCGGCUCGUGACAAUAGUGCCAUCCCUCAGGUGAUUGUAACCUCUUCUGGUCGUACAGUGAAGAGGAGAUUCCAGCUUCUAGACGAUGACCCUUUUCAAGAGACAUUCAGGAUGGUGAAGUAUGAGGAUGAACUCGAUCUUUUGGCUGUGAUAGACAUCACUCAUGCUGAGGUAGAAGGACAGGCCCAUCUGCGUCUACAUGACAACAGGAAAGGUGUUUUAAUGAAGAGAGUCCCCCUGAAAGAACCAUGGGACGUGACUUACAGUCAUGAGGUGUACUUUGAUAGAGACACUAUUAUUCACAUGGUCCAGGAGAAAAAUAACACAUUCGGCUGCCAUGUGUAUAAAAUGAAGAGAACACAUUCAGAUGAACCUUGAAAACAUUUCCUAUUCCUCUCUCUGUAGAUGACUAAUGGACUGCAAGUGCAUUUCUCACACAAAAAAAUAUAUAAAGUAUAUUUGGUGCUGUAUUGUAAAUGAACUGAUUUCUUACAGUUGAUGAUUUUUGCAAAUAUUGCUGAGAGUACUGACAUUUUUCUUUAAAUAUAUGGAAACUUUUCACCCUUUCAUUUGGACUGGAGAUUGCUUUUCCAUUUAGUUAUUUUAUUGAAAUAUAACUAUUAAUAAAGACUAGUU